UAUCUUUUUCGACGUUGCUGGCAAAGCGUUGCAGCCAUGUCUUCCAAGAUAUCUCGGGACACUCUUUACGAUUGUGUAAAGGCCAUUCUCGAUGGUUCCAAAGAUAAAAAACGCAAGUUCUUAGAAACAGUUGAGCUCCAAAUCGGACUAAAAAACUACGAUCCUCAAAAAGACAAACGUUUCAGUGGAACUGUUAAAUUAAAGAAUGUUCCAAGACCGAAGCUGAAGAUUUGUGUCUUAGGAGAUGAAUCUCACUGUGAUGAAGCCAAGGCGAACAAUAUUCCAUACAUGGAUAUCGAGGCUUUGAAGAAAUUAAACAAGGACAAAAAACUUGUAAAAAAGCUUGCUAAGAAGUAUGAUGGUUUCGUUGCUUCAGAUACUUUGAUCAAACAAAUUCCACGUCUUCUUGGACCCGGAUUGAACAAAGCAGGAAAGUUUCCAACAAUGAUCACCCAUAGUGAUAAGAUGGAAGAAAAAAUCAGUGACAUCAAAAAAACUAUUAAGUUUCAAAUGAAAAAGGUAUUGUGUCUUGCAGUUGCUGUAGGACAUGUCGAUAUGACUGAAGAUCAAUUAGCUCAAAAUGUUUUCUUAGCUGUCAACUUCCUUGUAUCGCUUUUGAAAAAGAACUGGCAGAACGUCAGGUCACUUCAUAUAAAAAGCACAAUGGGCAAAGUUCAAAGAUUGUUUUAAUCUCAAUAAAUUAAUUCCAUGA